UGGUGACAAAUGGGAGGCUGCUCAAAAAGUGAUGUCCGACCAAACAAUGUGGUUGUUGGGAUGGCAGAAAACUCGGGAAAAUAUUGAGGACAUCCGGUCCACGCUAAAGGCCAUUGAUACUGAUAUAGACAUUGGGAUAAUCUACGAUGGUGUGGACAAAGGAAUGAGACACCGCCUUGUCUCAGUGGCGUGCUAUUAUGGACAGCAUUAUCACUGCUUUGCUCUUAACCAAGACCUGGACCAGUGGAUCAAGUUCGACGACAGCAAUGUGAAGGUGAGAUAAGAUGAGAGCAGUGAAUGAAUGUGCUGAGGACAA